AUGGAUGACCUAAGAGACAGCAGCUCUUGCCCUAGAACUAGACUAGAACACUUGCUGUUGCUGAGGGACGCAGUUACCAAUCACACCCUCGGACAAGGGUCCCGGCGGAGUUGGAGAGGUGCACGGAGAGACGGAGGAGGAGAAGGAGGGAUGAGUUCUGUGAUUGGUCCAGCCAGCCAGGGCAGAUGGAUGGAAAGGGUCUUUAAUGAGAUUGAUGUGUCAUGUGAGUGGAAGGAGCUGUGUAGCUGCCUGCUACAGAAGUGCAGAGAGAGAGAGAGACAACACCUCCAGGCCUAGAGGUGCUCUACCCCCCCACUCAGUUACAUCUGUGUCAGUAAAGAGGGGCUGCCCACUCUGUGGAACCGCUAACUACAUGUCCUCUAGACUAUGAAGCUGGCUGGAGACCCUGCAGAUGAAGGGGUUAACAGAAGGAGGUUCAGGGGCUGGACCACUGUCGUCUACAUGCUCAUUGUCCACAAGGACGCUGUAGCAACCAGCAGCAGGGACCUCCACUUUGUUGACGUGUCUACGACCAGCCGCUUUAAGGACGUCCACUUGUUUGGUGUCUAUAAUGUCCCAAACUCUCUCUGCUACUGGUAUGACAAAUUUACAUCACCAGGGCUGCACUGUUUGCUGCAAUGGGGAGAUGAGAGGGGAGGGGUCCAUCUGUUAUGGUUCCUCAAACAUCACACUGGGCUGUUUGAGAGCCCCUUCAGUGAGGACACACCGAAGAGAAUCUACAUGCAGGGUGUGACCUGUUUUGACUUCAGCAGAUCUCUUAACCAGUUGGUGACGUGUGGUCUGGAUCCUACGGGGAGACAAUGCCAUGGUGCCCCCCUCUCCUGUGCCCUCUACAACAACACACUGAAACAGGUCAUCACCGGAUGUAAUGACUUGUCUGUAUCACUGUGGGACGUAGAAAUAGGGACUUUGAGUCUGAAGAUCACCAGUGUUCACGGAGAGGAAGAGAUGGGGAUAGACUCCUCCCACAGAAGACUCAUCACUGGAGCACGCAACAGAACCAAAAAGGUGUGGAACCUACUGAGCGGCCUCAACCUACACAAGAUAGAGCAUGCCACCUUCUCAGAGGUCACAGGGAUCACCUGUCUCCAUGACAAUUAGCUCCUGGCUGUGGGGUGGAGCCAACAGAUCGCUUAGUAUGACAUCACAGGGGCUAAGGAUGUGUAUGUGAGGGCAGACAUGUUUUGAGAGUUGGGUCAGCAACACGGUGCUGACAUCCUGGCGGUUGACCACUGCCCUGCCCUGGGGGUCGUUGCUACGGGUAACCACGAUGUAGAGGUCAUUAUCUGGAGCUGGGCCACACAGAGACCUCUGGUUUGCCUGCAGAGGGACACACACACACACACAGCAGACUCACUGACAGCGCCCCUCAUAGGGAGUAACCUGGUCACACACUCACUGUGUGUCUACCUGUCUGUUUCACCUCCCCAGCCCUCCACCAGCCACCCUCCUCCCCUGCAGUCCUGGAGGGCCCACGAGUGUGGAGCUGUAAGGGGACAUCGAGAGGAUGAAGAAGGCGAGAGGAGGCAAGUGUUUGGGGGUGUGUGCACGACCUUCCAAGCCCUGGCUGUGCAGCACUGUCAGGUGUUCUAA